GCGGAAGUCGCGAAGCACCGCCGCGUACGACAACGUAGGCUCGUGCACGCGGCGCGUCGUGUCGCGCAUGGCGCACGUCAACCGACGAGGGGGACGUGUGAGUUGACCAUCGUCGGGCCACUCUCUCUCUCUCUCUCUCUCUCUCUCUUUCCACCGGGUGUCGCGCACCCGCGGGAUCGGAAACGAGGCUCGGUUUCGGUCACCAGUCACGGCACGCUCUCGCCUCGACCGCGGCUCCGUCGAGCUUCGACGCUUCCAACCUUCGAGCUGCCCGGAGUCCUGGGGAUACACAGCUGCGAUCGAGCGAUCGAGCGAUCGGUCCGGCACGUAUUCGCCAGCGAUAACAAUAUUCGUGUGUCUGUUAAAAAGCGCCGCACUAUGCGCGAUUCGUGACUUGUAUAUUUCUUCGGCGAAAAUCGUGAUUUUUUUUUUGGACCAAUAUCGAAACUUGCCCGAUAUUGCAGACCUGUGGUCCCGCGACAACGGGCCAAAGGUUGUCCGAGUAAACGCGAACGGAACACGACGAAUAAAAGAAGGAACUUACGAACGGCGAAUCGCGAAGUGAGUGAUAACGAAUGUUCCAGCGAAUUUCUGCGAAUCACGAAUCGCGCAUUACGAAUUGCGCAUAGUGUGGCGCUAGCGAUACGCGAGUCCCUCGCGAGGGAAAGAGACAAGUACACACACGGAGAGGCAGCCUGGUGGGACGCGCAAUGAAUGUGUGUGCGUGUGUUUUGUGAACGUGCGGUUGGCAGGUUAGGAUAAUCGAGCCCUGCGUUCUGCAAGGAUGUUGCGUCCGUCGUCGCAUGAUUUUUCAAGCAUCGAUUGGCUGGAAAUGUCCUAGAAACUAGACGAAUUUUCUGUCCUGCGGCCAGUCGCUGACUUCGUCGCGCGUAGAAUAAAGCGAAGAGACCGGAGUCGCCCCGUACGAGCCUCUCGGAGGCUAAGCUGAUCGACUCCACGCUACGCGCAGAUUUGUGCUUGAAGAGGACCGCAGUCCGCACGGUCGAAACGUAUAUUAUUUAAGAUUGAUAAAACAAUACCAGUUGCGUCGAGGGAGAAUUGAAGUCUUGGUUAUUCUAUUACUGGCGAGCAAAAGUAUUAAAUUUAUCAUUUCUGCACUCGCUUUGCAGAAUAUUCCGAAGUGUUGUGAAGGCGAAGAGAAAAUAUGUAGAAAGGAGAGAGAGUGCCAAUGCGAGCCACAAAAUGAACGGAACUUGGUUCUCGCAAUGUAGAAUCAAACAUUUCUCUUCAACAGCGUAAACUUUUCGACCCUCCCUCGGGUCUUCCUCGGUAAAACUCGUUUGUCACUUCGCAGCGUUGAUCCGUUUGAUUUCCAAGGAGUUGCGCGCAAUCAGCCGUCAUGUUUGAAAAGUGACGAGACCGCUUUCGAGUGGCGGCGGAGUAGAAAACCUCUGCGGACGCGUCGCGACUUUGCAUAAAUCGUUCCCUUCCUGGACAUCAGGUUAUCGCUCUGGGAGGAUGUUCUUGGCGAGAGUCAUAAGGAGAUCCGCGGCGGCAGCGAGCCCGGUGAGGCAGCGAUGUAAGCUGUACUCGCAUCACGCAUCGUCGAGAAACACGGUUCACUCUACCGUCCUACCCCCGGGGACGCUGCGAUUCUGCAGCGACAGCCCGCCCAAGUGCUGGAACUGCGACUACGCGUACAAGUCCGAGCUGUUCUGCUCCAGGUGCCGGGUGUUGCAGGAGCUGCCGCAGAACCUGGACUACUUCGAUGUCAUGGGGAUCAAGAGGGAUUACAACGUGGCGAACGAGGAGAUCCAUAGAAAGUAUAGGGAGCUGCAGAAACUGCUGCACCCCGAUAAGUUUGGCAACAAGCCCGAGAAAGAAAGGCAAAUCUCAGAGAAGUUGUCGUCCCUAGUAAAUAAGGCUUACAGUACGUUGGCGCAUCCAUUAAAAAGAGGAUUGUAUAUGUUACAAUUAAAAGGUAUAUCAAUACCAGAAGGUACUACCAGUUUGAACCCAGAAUUUCUCAUGGAGAUUAUGGAGCGUAACGAGGAGAUAGAAAGCGCGAUAGAAAACAGAGAUAAGGUCUUGAAACUGGCCAAAGAAUCCAAGGAACUGCUCGACGCAAUGUCGAGGCAAGUGGCAGAGGCGUUCAGUAAAGAAGAUAUUGAAACGGCAACAAAGAUUUUAAUAAAAAUGAAAUAUUACGACAGCGUAGACAACAGAUUAAGGAAGCUGAAGCAUGAUUUAGGUAUAGUAGAAUAAAUACGUUGCAGCUUUUUUAAAAAAACAAACGUUCUACACAAAUUUUAAUAUCCUCGCUCGCUAUAAAAUGUAAAAAAUAUGUCUCUGUGCUAUAUAUAGAUAUAUAGAUAUUUUAACAUAUGUACAGAUUUUUUACUCAAUGGAACUUGUGUAUAUAUACACAUACAAUCAUAUCGCGUCGACAAGCUUGAUUUAUUCGUAACAAAUCAAUUGUAAUCGAAACAAGUUUGUAUCAGCUCAACUAGCUUAAUCUAAGAUGAAUGUAAAUGUUAAGUGAAAGGAUAAAAGUCAAGCGCGCGCCGCAAAGAA